GACCUUUUUCACGAUGGGAGAGCGCCUCUAGCGGCGAGAGCCGAAAGCAAAUACGGUGGCUCUCGGUUGACGCGGCGGCAUGACACUCUUUGUUGCUUUGCGUUGUGCUGUGACUGCUGCUGUUUAAAGUUUCCACAGUACGCUUGCAUCGUCACCGCUGAUUUUCGCAACCGCCUGUCGACUCUUGCGAAGCUUUCUUCGACAUGUUUUCUAUUGAAGACUUCAAGAAACUUCACGACUCCGGCGGUCAGUGGAGCUGCGAUUUGGAGUUGGUGCCGCCAGUGACUGACAACAUGAUCGACAGCCAUUUCGGCGAGUCGCACCGGCAGCUGCAUAAAGGCUGGAUGUUCAAGGAGGAAAGGUACAUUCGCCGGAUCGAGUAUUUGAUGUGCGGACAACCAACAGGGACCGAACUUGUGUUGCGCAGCAUAUGUUUGUGCUCGAUGAAAGCUGGCCACUACAAGCAAGUCGUAGCGCUUGCUAAAGGCGGAGCAGGGGCCGUCGUCCAAGCAUACUGCGAUUGCGUUGCUGGUCAAAGCCAAAGGUGCCAGCAUAUAGCUGCAUUGCUGUUUGCCAUACGAAGUAUCCAGAGGCCGUCUUGUACGAGUGUCCCGUGCAGAUGGAUGGCACCAACACAAGGACAAAACCAUUUGCUGACCAAACCCUUGGUGGACAUCACAUUUAAGAAACAUGUGAUUAACAAGACGGUGCCCGUUAAGGCUAAGCGACAACUUCCUCCUCAUUUGAGAACAGCUGGGCAGGCUGGGCUGUUGAAGUUCAGGAGUGCGAUUGCAACACAUGCACCUGAGCUGGUGUGGAACCGUUACACAGAGAGGCCAGCACCAGUGAGAAAUGCGAGCCCCAUCAACGACACAGAGGACAUGAAUUCGCAGAAGUGCCUCACAUUGAUCGAUGAAUAUUUCAAGGAGCAGGUGUCGCUCACAGCUACCGAGAGGGCAGAUAUCUGUGCAAAGACUGUAGGCCAGGAUAAGAACCCUCUAUGGUUCACAGAAAGAACCGGGAAGCUAACUGCUUCAAAGUUCCGCAGAAUACUGCACUGCCUGAAGCCAGAAGGGCUUGUUAAAGAAAUACUUUAUCCUCGCAAAGAAAUAAUGAAGAGUGGUGACCCCAGGCUCUACGGAAUACAAAAUGAAGCAAAAGCAGUUCAAAAAUAUCUAGAAUUCAUGCAGCUAUAUGACAAAAAUAUAGAUGUCCUGGAAACAGGAUUACAUAUUCAUGAAUUGCAUUCUUUCAUCGCCGCAUCGCCCGAUCGCCUGGUGAGAGAUGGCAGUGAGGAUGGCCUUCUAGAAGUGAAGUGCCCCGCUUCGAAAGCUGGCCAAAGAGUUGUCGACGCCUGCGCUGACAAAGGUUUUUACUUGGCAGUAACUAAUGGUGAGGUCACCCUGAAGAAAGACCAUUAUUAUUACUACCAAGUACAAGGACAGAUGGGAGUCGCGAAGAAGCCAUGGUGCGACUUUGUAGUCUUCACAGAUCAUGCUGACCUGCAAGACUGCAUAUCAGUGGAACGUAUAUAUUUUGACGCAGAAAUUUGGAAAGACAUACUUCAGGGCCUGGUGUACUUCUAUAAGGCUGCUAUUAUUCCAGAACUCAUGACACGACGUAUCCGACGCCUUGGAUUUCUUUACACUACAGGUGCAGGCUACGUGUCCUUCAAAAAGUAUGCUGUGGGGUUUUAUCUAGUUGACCAUUGUGAUGAGGACCAUCUGAAGAUGACUAUCAGAAGGCUGACACACACAUAGUGCGUUCCUUUGCAUCAUAAAACUUUAGUGCAUGAUGACACCUUUUAGGUGCUCCGAAACAGCAUGGCUCACCCGCUGCUGCUGUUUGUGCAGGUUGGUUCCCCAUCCACAGACUGCUGUUACCAUAGUGACAAUAGAUUUUUAGUUGUCCUGCCGUGCCCUGGUAGGCUUCA